AUGGAUGACAAAACUCCUUUAGUUUCUUUGGCUUGUUCUCAACUGCCAAUCUCAUGGUAUUCGCGCAUUUGGACUAUGUAAGACUUGAGGUUGGUCAAACUGGAAAAAUCGUAGCCCCAGAAUGAUACAUGGCAUUUGGUGUUUCAGGAGCCAUCCAGCAUUUAGCAGGCAUGAACAAUUUGAAAGUUCACAAAGAUGCAGAUGCCCCCAUUUUCCACGUAGCGAUCAGAACCCCUCUCUCUCUCAGCACCCUCACAUCCAAACACAAACAUGCACUCAAAGGAGGGAAUAGCUUAUGACUAUGUAAGUUGUAAUUUGUACUGAGUACAAAACAUACUGGCUGCUUGAGCCCUAGCAAAUUGAUGGGAUUGCAUUUUAUAGAUGCUAUAAAAAAUAAGAAGCAUCUGGGAAUUGAAUCUGGACAGUAAAUUUUCUAAAUAAUCAUAGUUCUGCUUG